AUGAAAAGCCGGCACAUUCCAACUGAUGAAGGCCCCUGGGAUGGAUUCAACAUUCGUGCUCUCCGGAAAUCUCUCCAGAGUCACCUUUCACUUGCCGACCUUCGACCGGCAAAUAGUGUCCCCCCUGGUUAUCAUCAAGUGUCGUUCAACAGCCUGCCUUAUGAGCACGAGCUAGGCCACGAUGGUGCUGAAAAGCGUCAUGCUCCCAGCGAUGAAUGGAAAUAUCGCGUAUGGGCUGGGGGAUACAUGGAGUUUCAGAUUCCCAGCAUCUGGACUGCCCGGCCGAAAUUCGUCGCUGUUAAGGAAAGGAUUACGGACACGCGGCUGGUCGGCGAUCUUGUCAGUGAGAACGCGAAGGUCUUCGUCACGUUGACGAGGACUCUUUUUCCUGCCAUGGUGGACUCCCGAGGGAAGCCCGUGCGUAGAAGACUGGGAGGCCUCCGCGCCACAAACCGAAGAGACAACAUCGUGCUCAAAGAAGAAAAAUACCUUUGCUUUAUGCGCGAAAUCCCAGAGAGUCUAAAAUCGACGGCGUCAGCGCGCAGACUGGCACCUCCUUCGAGCCCGGUGUACUCCCAAAGCAUGAUCCCUUCACCCACGCUGCUCUUCAGAUUCAGCGCGCUGUCGCGAAACGCCCAUGCCAUCCAUCUCGAUGCAGAAUAUGCCCGACAGGUCUACGGUCUACCCAAAUUGAUUGUACACGGCCCGCUCACCUCUGUCCUCAUGCUGGAUAUCCUCGGUGAAGCUCUCGCUCUCCACACCGUCGGGAAAGCGUACACCUUCGCCGUCCGGACCUUCCAGUACAAGAAUCUGCUUCCGCUCUUCGUGAAUGAACAGAUCACGAUUGCCUGUAAGAAGCUGCACGAUAUCCAACCCCAAGGGACGAAAUUUCGCACGGCAUUUGGAGUGACGUGGGAGAAAUGGGAAGUUUGGAUCCAAAAGGGAGUAGGAGAAAAUACAACCACCGCGGUGCGGGGGUCGGCCUGGGUGUCGCCCAUCGCGCAUCCUGGUUCGGAGACGUCGUCAGAAGAGGCUGCUGCUGCUCCUGAGGACGCAGCAGUGCCGUCGGGCGCGAGCUCGCAAAAACCAAACUCGGACGAAGAAGGAGAAGAGCAAGCUGCCAAUCCUGCGUCGGAGUGA